CGAUGACCACCGCGAGAAAGGGAAUUGGGAAACAUCCAAGGGGAGCCAAUGUAGGAGGAAGACAGCAUCCAGACGCUUCCAUCUCUGCAUUCAACUGCUGCUCUCACAGGUGUCGUAUUUCCUCCUUCACAGAUUAUUGAGAAUAUGCUUGUCCAAGGUGAUGAAUUAAUGCAAGUAGCAUUGAACUGCAUACUGACAAAGUUUACAAUUUCAGCACAAGCCUUGCCCUCGCACACAGAGGCACAAUCCAGCAAAGUGCAAAACUGCGACCAGGAGUCUGUGCCUCAGGCGGGCCCCCCGGUUGCCGCCCACUCCAGCGAGAUGCAAAGCUGCGACAGGGAGUUUGUGCCCAAUGCGGAUGCUGCAGUUGGUUCACUGCAAGUCUCGGUACAAAAAUCGAAAAUGGCAGGCUCCAUCCUAAUAAGAACUGUUGGUCAGCGCUCUGUGCUUAAACAAAGAGCGGUUCCCUCAUUCCUGGCAGCAGGCUCCUUCUUCCAGCCAGGCACACCGCAGGGGACGAGUGCCUCGAACGGUAAGGUCAAUCAAUUCCUGGUGCUCCCCUUCUUCGUCAUCGGUUGCCCAGAUUCCUCGCCAGAAAGUAAGCACCUGAUCAACAUCAAUGUUCUCGUCUAUCUCCUUCUGGUCUUCGUCAAGUUUCCCGCAGAAGGCAGACCGAUUGAGCUCGAACAGCUUGUUCGUUUUCCGAUACUCAAUCCGGUUUGCCGCAGUGAUCGGUUUUUUGUGAAAGACUGCCCUUUCCUCUUCGAUCUGGUCCUCAAGCUUCUUCAACUGGUCCCUGUUGUUAGAGUGGUACUGUUCAACUUCCUUUUGUCACCUCCUCAUAUGUGA